UUCAGGAUAAAUUGCGCAAUCAAGACCACCUUCCAAAAGAAUCUCCAAAUUUAUCUGAAUUUAAAUUUAGAUGUUCUUCUUCUGUCUUCAACAGCGUUGCCCCAGUUGUUGGCAACGACCCGACUUAUUGAAACUUUGGCCUCAUUACUGUCUAACCCAGGAAGUUGUAUCUUGUAUCUGUUAAUAUAAUGAAUAUCGUUAGCCAAUUACUGUUAGAAAGAAUUCAUUUAGUGGAGCUGAAGACGCACGUAUGCCUUCAACAUGCAUUCGACGUGGAUUUUGUUCGGAUUUUUGUUGAUGUCGUUGAUUCUGUCGAUUAAAGGGUACCCUAUUACUUGUGGAUAUUGCAGAUUUAAGACACGCUCAGCCGGUUACCAGCCUUGCAGGGUAAUCAACUAUGGACAAGGAUGCCAGAACCCGAGUGCCCUGCCGAGGGCUUCCGAGUGGCCUGGAGCACCACGUGAUCUUGCCGUCACAUUCCACAAACACCGACACAGGUUUCUAAUGCGAAUUUCGUUCAAACCACCGGACGCAAGUAUCUCUGCGUUGAAAGGUGUCAUGGUUGCGAUCAUAGCCACCAGUGGGCGCGACCUUGGCCAACUCGUCACCUGCCUCGUUUAUAACCUUUCCAGAGUUGAUUGGAAUCAAGUAGGACGACAGACUGACAUAGAGCUGUACCUGACGCCAAGAAACUCGAACGGAUGUCACAAUCUCCCUUUUGUCUGGUUCAAACCAGGGGAGUCCUUCUACAUAAACGUCGAGUCCCUGCCCGCCAGGGCCGCCUACCACCCUAACCAAGGCAGCAACUCCGUGGAGAAGUACUUUCGAAUCCCUCCCAAGGCGAAUAUGACUGACCUUGCCGUUUUGUAAAGUCCCUCCCGUUAUGGCCGCCUCUAGAAAUAUCCGAGGCAGCAGUGUGACUCUAGCACCCCUUGAUGCCCCCCCCCCCCUUUCAACCACAAUGAUACUUCUACAAUGCAUAACUUGGCAGGGAAGAUGAGACAAUGGCCGAGUUGAAGGUGGGCCGCGUUGCGGGAUAUCCCUGCCAGCGCUCGCUUCAGAAAAACUGUAGGAAGAUUCAGCCAGCCGGAAUUCGCCGCCACUUUCCGACUGACAACAAUAUCGUGUAAUUGAAUGGCGAAUCAUAUUGGAAGAGGAUAUAUACAUAGCAUGCUGUGUAUGCAACACACAGUAGUUUUAAGUUCACAGCGUUUUAUAUUACUAUUCAUUAGGCUCGUUAUAAAGCUAGCAACAUUUUCUCUUGAAUACACAACAUGUGGUGUAUACAA